AUGGGAAUGCUAACAUUCGGCCGUUUCCUUAGCCGGCCUUACCCUCAUUACAGGGACGGCCCUACCCUCUUCUCCUUCCAACAACAGUUCCUCAUGGAGGACACCGCGCGCGAACGCCGUCAGUCCGACGGCACUGCGGGUCCCGCAUCCAUCGCCUCCGCAUCCCCCGUGCUGGAAGAUAUCGACAAUCCAUUCUUUGAGGACUUUGACAACGAUGAUUUCUACUCGCCCCCCGCCUCCCCCGGCAAGCUGUCGCGAACCAACAGCAGCUCGUACCAGGAGGACUGGGAGACCUUCCCUCCCCUCGACAAACUGACCAUCUUCGACCUACUCGACAACAUCCAGCUCACGCAGCGAUUCGAGAAAUGGCAACACGCGAUCAACGUGCAGAAGGAGAAGGUACAGAAGCAACGCGAGAAGCUUCGAUCCACCGGACAAACAGCUAGGAAUCGUGUUGUGGGCGAGUUCAAGCGUCGCGUGCCGACGGCGGAUGAGCAGCUCGAAAAGUAUCGUCAUCGCAUGAAAAUGGGCGUCGAGCGCCUGGGGAAACAAUGGAACAAGACGGCCACCGUCACCCUACGCGAGAAGAUCUCCUUUAUCGCCGGAGUGCUCAACAUAUUCUUCAGCGGCUACUUGAUCGGCGCCUGCCCAGAGUACUUCUACUACUGGUUCACUGUCCAGUUCGCCUAUUUUAUGCCUAUUCGAUACUUCACCUACCAUGCCAAGGGCUAUCACUACUUCCUCGCCGAUCUCUGCUACUUCGUCAACGGGCUCUGUAUACUUUGUAUCUGGGCAUUCCCGACCUCCAAGCGACUGUUCAUCGGUACGUUUUGCUUGACUUUCGGAAAUAACGCAGCCGCCGUGGCUAUGUGGCGCAACUCCCUGGUCUUCCACAGCAUGGAUAAAGUAGUCAGUACUUUCAUCCACAUCCUGCCUCCGGUCACAUUACACUGCAUCGUCCACUUGACACCCGUCGAUAUGCUCAAAGAGCGAUUCCCGGCCGUCUACUCCAUCAAGUUCAGCAAGCCUGGCGACCCAGAACAUUAUUCGCUCGGCGCGAUGAUCAUUUGGGCAACGGUCCCGUAUAUCAUCUGGCAGCUUGCCUUCUAUUUCAUGAUUACCGUGCGCCGUGCCGAAAAGAUCGCCGCCGGGCGCCCGACCAGCUUUACAUGGCUCCGAAAGUCAUAUGCUAAGGCCUGGAUCGGGAAGCUUGUCUUGAGCCUCCCCGAGACUCUGCAGGAGCCGGCCUUCAUGUUCAUUCAGUAUGGAUUUGCCCUAUCUACCAUGAUCCCGUCUCCAAUUUGGUUCUGGUACGGCUGGGCAAGCGGUUUGUACAUGAUAGCACUGUUCGCCUGGAGUGUUCACAAUGGUGCAACCUAUUAUAUUGAUGUCUUCGGCAAGCGCUUCCAGAAGGAGCUGGAGCAGCUGAAGAAGGACGUGGCCCGAUGGCAGAGCUCCCCAGAAGGCGGAGCGGUCAGCCCUCUCGUUCUUCCUGACAGCACUGCCGAUGCUCUGAAUGCACCUGUGCCGCUCGAGAAGCGCAACAGUGUCGACCGUAUUCCUCUUCUGGAUCCCAGCUUUGCGGCCACCACCUCUGCCGCGGAUCUGCGCAAGGCCGCCUCCACUGAUUCUACUGUCCGAGAGAGAAGUUAG